AUGGCUCGCUUCCUGACGCCGGCGAAGAUCGCGCUGCUCGCCCUGAUAUCAAUUUACACGGAGGGCGCAGUGCCAAACUCGGCCAUUGUGCCCAUUCUCUCCUUUCUGGUCUCGCAUCUGCUGCCGCUGGAGGCUUUGAGCGCGGUGAAACACGCCCCAGGAGACAGGGGACGAGAGGACGCGGUUCCGGCCCAGGGAACGCCGUCUGUCGAACAGGUCAAGGAGGUGACUGCGCCGUUGGAGUCGUCCAUCCCCGGCAGGACGAUAUGGGACCUCUUCCUCAAGCGACUCUGGCAGUUCGACUGCUCGGACACGCUGGACGAGUUCUUCUCCGGCCUGUCAGAUAUCUUGGUCAAGACACGCGAGGAGCGGCUGCUGGACCCGGACGAGGGUGACGAGGACCGGCAGGGACGGGUGAUGCUCUCUCGACACUCGCCCCUGGGUGCGUUUGUCCGGAGAGUCCGACUGGAACACACGAAGCUGCAGUUCCACGAUGCAACAAUCCUCUGGAAGGCCUUUAUCAGGUACCGGAUGCCUACAUACCAGGCCUGGGCGAAGAGGAACCCGAUGGAGGCGCAGACGACCGUCGAUGCAAAUCUGUCUGAACUCGGCCUGGAUCUGGAUAGCCCGCUUGCUAGGGUGAUGUACGGUGACCUCGAUGACGCGGGAGACGAAGAGCCCGGCAUGAGUGCGCGGGAUAUCGAGCGUUUGCUCGAGUUUCAAAUUUCAAAGAUGCAGAGCAAGGGAGCAAGAGUUGCGCCCGAGAUGAAGGCUAAACUGGAAAAGAUCAUAAUUGCCGGUGCAACAGUGCCCAGUCUAUUUCACUACGUGAGGUUUCUUGACUCCUGGAGAGCCGGCGACCACCCGUCGUCCUUUGACCAUCUCCACCGGUACUUUGAUUACACGGUCCAGACACGAGACCGUACGUUCUACCAGUACGCACUCCUCAACCUCUCCCUCUUACAGGCAGACUUUGGCUGCCAUGGAGAGGCCGUCUCGGCCGUCCAGGAGACCAUAGCAAUUGGGCGGGAGACCCAUGAUAUGAACUGCCUGAACUUUUGCAUGACUUGGCUCUAUCAUUUCGGAAAGAUGUUCCCCGAAGAGCUCAAAGAUAUCCAAAAUACAGGCAUGCUGGGGAGCGACAAGGAGGCUCUCACGUUUCUCCAGUCCAAGGCCAGAGAGACAGAGAUGUGGGGGCUGCUAAGCACUGCCCUGUUGAGCGAGGGGAAGCUUGAGCUUGCCAACGGAGGAAGCAUUGCAUCGACGUUCGAAAGUAUCAUCAAAGCUUCCCAUAUCAGCAUCACCAAAAAUAGACACGACUCCAUGGGCCCUCAGAUGAUGCUCCAUGCGUCUCUCUUCGGGAGACUGGGCUUAACGCAUCUUACGUGGGCGAUGUAUGGGACUUUCCUGGAAUGCUAUUCAGACCUUUCCCCGAUCGAGGAUAAUCUACGAGCUACAUGCCGUAGCGCACAGCUACUUUCAUGGAGCGGCCGCCAUGACGAUGCGGUGAAGCAGAUGAACAGCUUCCCUGCCGGAAUGCUUCAAUCACUCAAGCACCAACAGACGUGGGCCUUUUUCAUGGGCCUCCUGAAGCUGCGUCGGCAACUGCACCGUGACGACCAACGAGCCGCGCAACACAUAUUAACCCAGCUAGAGGGCGCCUCGCCUCCAGACCCCGAGGUGUCAACUACACUAAACCUAAUGAAAGUCGAGCUUCUCAUGCACGAGGGAGACUACGAAGCCGCGCUUUCCACCGUCGACCAGCUCGCUCAGUCCAUCCACCAGGAAAACUUCGACAUAGCCACCCAGAUCAACCUCCUCGUCGCCAAGGCCCGCAUCUUCGACAAGACCGGCCAACCUGAGCGGGGGUUCUCCCUCGCCAUGCGCGCUGCCAAAAUCGCGCACAGGUCCAGGGUGCUGCUUGGUCUGUGGGAUGCUGUCGGCGCCCUGUGCGUGAUCCUCAUGAGUUUCCGCGAGUUCUCAGCCGCAAUCUCGCUGCUGGAGAGCGUGAUGCCGCAGGUUCUGGAGAGCGAAGACCGUGCGCUCGCGGGCCGGACAUACUCCUACCUGGCCGAUGCGAACAUGGGGCUGGCGGGGGAGAGUCGCAAGGAUGUGGUGCGGAGAAAGGAGUUCCUUGCCCGGGCAGUCGAGUUCAUCGACUGUGCCUUUGUCGAGUACUCGUCUAUCGAGGACGUCAGGGGCCAGUGUGAGAUGAUGGGGAAGAAGGCCACCGUCAUGUAUCAGUCGGGCGACCUGGCGCUGGCCAACGACUUUGCUGCCAAGUACCUCGAUCUCAAGCGUCAGGCCGCCUCCGAGAGGCUGAGAAAGGCCCCUCAGAAAAACCUCCUUUGCUUCUUCUUCUUCUUCUUCUUCCUCUCAACGUCAAACAUCGUCAACCUCCAGUCUCGUUGCCCUGCUCGCCGCUCUACCAAGUCCUACAGAUAUCAAGCUCGCCCGUCAACUAAGCCCAGCCAGAGAAGACAGAAGUUCCUUUACGUUCUUCCUCUUCCACCGCCGUUCCCACCCUAUAACCAGAUCUUAGAAGAGUUUCGGUCAACAGCUGAGUUUAUGUCCAUCGAAAACCUCAAGACCUUUGACCCCUUCGCCGAAGCUGACGAAGACACCGGCGACACUAAACAGUCGCAAAAUUACAUCCAUAUACGGAUUCAGCAACGCAAUGGUCGUAAGACUUUGACGACUGUACAAGGUCUUCCCAAGAAGUUCGAUCAGAAGAAGAUCCUCAAGGUCAUCAAGAAGAAAUUCGCUUGCAAUGGCACCAUCGUGAACGACACCGAGAUGGGUGAGGUUAUUCAGUUGCAGGGAGACCAACGCAAGGAUGUCCAGGAAUUCUUAGUCGACAAGAAGGAGGGACUUGAACUUGAUGCCAAGACCAUCAAGGUCCAUGGUUUCUAA